AUGGACGUGGACGGGGGCAACAAGCGUGUGUACAAUCGUCUCGGUGGGGACGCGAAGCACCAGAAAGUGUGCUUCCACUGGCAAGCGGGCAAGUGCAAUCGUUACCCGUGCCCCUUCUUGCACAGUGAAUUGCCCGCAUCUUCUCAUGCCAACGGGGCCUCCUCGAAGCGCGCGUACGACAAUUCGGGCCAAUCGGGCUUCUCGGGCCAGCGUGGCCGCCACAAUUUCACAAACACGUGGGGACGCGGUGGGGGGCGCGGUGGCGGUAGAGGGGUGGUGGUCAAGGCGGAAAAAGUUUGCAAUUAUUGGAUUCAGGGGAAUUGUAGUUAUGGAGAGAGGUGUAAGUUCCUUCACUCUUGGAGUGUGGGAGAUGGGUUUUCUUUGCUGACGCAGCUUGAAGGGCAUCAGAAGAAAUGUGGUUUAGCUGUGGUGACUUUAGACCUUGUUGCUGGGGAUGAAAUUGCCGUUUUUCAUGGGAUAGGUUUUGAUUUGUUGAAUGAACAGGCUGUAAGUGCAAUUGCCUUUCCCUCUGGUUCGGAUAAGCUGUAUACCGGAAGCACUGACGAGACUGCAAGGAUUUGGGACUGCCAGUCUGGAAAGUGUGUAGGUGUGAUCAAUCUUGGUGGUGAAGUAGGAUGUAUGAUCAGUGAAGGCCCUUGGGUUUUUGUUGGGAUACCCAAUUUUGUCAAGGCCUGGAACACUCAAAAUUUAAUGGAGCUAAGUCUAGAUGGUCCUGUUGGACAAGUUUAUGCCCUUGUUGUGAACAAUGAUAUGCUCUUGGCCGGUACACAGGAUGGAUCGAUAUUAGCAUGGAAGUUUAAUGUAGCUACCAACUGCUUCGAACCUGCUGCAUCACUUAAAGGUCAUUCUCGUGGUGUUGUUUCAUUAGUUGUUGGUGCUAAUAGACUUUACUCUGGGUCAAUGGACAAUACAAUAAGAGUAUGGAACCUUGAAACCUUGCAGUGUAUACAGACACUAACAGAGCACACAUCUGUUGUGAUGUCAGUUCUCUGCUGGGACCAAUUCCUUUUAUCUUGUUCCUUGGACAAAACCGUGAAGGUAUGGUAUGCUACAGAAAGCGGAAACUUGGAAGUGACGUAUACUCACAAUGAAGAACAUGGUAUACUUUUCCUAUGUGGGAUGCAUGAUUCACAAGGCAAGCCCAUUGUGCUGUGUGCUUGCAAUGAUAAUACCGUGCGCCUCUAUGAUCUGCCAUCAUUUGCAGAGAGGGGUAAGAUAUUAACUAAACAAGAGGUACGAGCAAUCCAGAUAGGGCCUAACGGCAUAUUCUUCACCGGAGAUGGUACCGGUGAAGUAAGAGUGUGGAAUUGGACAGCGGAGGCAACCACUACCCUGCAAGAAGGGAUUAAGGCUGAAGUUGGGAAGAGGCAGAAAAAGAGAGGUAAAGGGAGUGUAUGUAAUUUAAGUUUGCGGAAGUAG